GGGCCGUGCUGCGGAUGGGGGUGGGAGGUUGUUCGGGGAUGGUGGGCCGGGGUAUUGCGUCGCUCAGGUCUUCUGCUCGGUAUCUUUGCUAGCUUGCUGUCACCUGCUCGCCUUCACCAUGGAUGGCUUACGAGGGGAUGGAAAAUAAACGCUAUCGUCGUGGCAGCUGCUUCUGUUGCAGACGUCCCCCUGAAGAAAGUGAGUAGCUAUGGCUGAACAAGACGUCUGUCCUCACCUGGACUCAAUAGGCGAGGUGACCAAGGAGGACCUCCUGCAGAAAUCUAAGGGAACUUGCCAGUCAUGUGGAGCCGGGGGCCCAAACCUGUGGGCCUGUCUGCAGAAUGACUGCCCAUAUGUUGGCUGUGGAGAAUCCUACUCUGAUCACAGCACCCUGCAUGCACAGGCUAAGAAGCACAACCUAACAGUGAACCUGACAACGUUCAGGAUUUGGUGUUAUGUGUGUGAGCGAGAGGUGUUUCUGGAGUCCAGACCUGCCCUGGUGCCUGUACCUGCUGCACCACACCACUGUAAAGCCACAGAGCAGGAAGCAGCUCCUCAGCCAGUAGGUCACCCGCUAAAAGCAGUGCCAAUUGCUGUGGCAGAAGAGGAAGGUUCUGAAUCAGAGGAGGAUGAGCUCAAACCCAGAGGUUUGACAGGGAUGAAAAAUAUUGGCAACUCCUGCUACAUGAAUGCAGCUCUUCAAGCCCUGUCCAACUGUCCUCCUCUCACUCAGUUCUUCCUGGACUGCAGUGGACUGGUCCGGACUGAUAAGAAGCCGGCUCUGUGUAAAAGCUACCAGAAACUUAUCUCAGAACUCUGGCAUAAAAAACGGCCCAGCUAUGUCGUUCCUACCAGUCUGUCGCACGGCAUCAAACUAGUAAACCCCAUGUUUCGUGGUUACGCUCAGCAGGUAGGGGCAAGCAGCCAGCAGGACACUCAGGAGUUCCUGCGCUGUCUGAUGGACCAGUUACACGAGGAGCUGAAGGAGCCUCUGACAGAGUGCAACAUGAGUGGGGAUGGAAGCGACGGGGAGGAGAGAAGGGACGGAGAUCGCUCCCCAUCUGAGGAUGAAUUCCUGUCCUGCGACUCCGGCUCCAGCAGCGACCGGGGGGAGGGAGGAGGUGUGGGCGACGGGGAGCUGCUCAUGCAGGACGAGUGCGACGGGGUCAGAUCUCCUGCAGGGGGAAUAGUAGGUGUCACUACCGGGGCGUUGAUCUCGGAGAAGGAGAGGCUGAAGGAAAGGAGGGUGUCCGGCUCACCUCUCCGUGGAGGCUCACAGGAGAUGGAUGAGGAUGCAGAUGUGGACACGGCAGCCGAGGACGGGGUUCCUGAGAGGGGAGAGGAGGAAGAGUCAACACCAACCCCAAACACUGAGACCCAAACUCAAGAGAACAACCAGACUUCUAGCACAGGGCAAGGACAGGUCCAGAGCAGCAACACCUCAGAACCAGACAAUGAAGCAUCGAUGGCCCAGCCACAGUCCACUCCCUGCAGCCCAGUUCGAACGCUUCAGGAGCUACAUCCCAAACUGUCGUCCAGUCCACCGCGCUCCAGCCCCCUCCGCUCUGCAGGACCUGCAUAUUCCUUCAAAAAAGCUCAGCUGCUGCUCAGUGCCAGGAAGAAGAAGCAGUCUCACUAUCGCAGUGUGAUCUCUGACAUCUUCGACGGCUCCAUCCUCAGUCUGGUCCAGUGUUUAACCUGCGACAGGGUCUCUACUACAGUGGAAACCUUCCAAGACUUAUCCCUCCCCAUUCCUGGCAAAGAAGACUUGGCAAAGCUCCACUCCUCCAUCCAUCAGAACCUGCCAGUCAAGACCGGAGUGUGUCCCGACACUUAUGGCUCGCAGGGCUGGAUCUCCUACAUCAUGGACUCUAUACGCCGGUUUGUAGUCUCGUGUAUCCCCAGUUGGUUUUGGGGGCCCAUGGUAACACUAGAGGACUGCCUCGCUGCCUUUUUUGCUGCAGAUGAACUCAAAGGGGACAACAUGUACAGCUGUGAGAGAUGUAAAAAGUUGAGAAAUGGUGUCAAAUACUGCAAAGUGCUUAAACUUCCAGAGAUUCUGUGCAUUCAUCUGAAACGCUUCCGGCACGAGGUCAUGUAUUCGUUCAAGAUAAGCAGCCAUGUGUCCUUCCCACUGGAGGGCCUCGACAUGCGGCCUUUCCUGGCCAAAGAGAGUCCAUCUCAAGUCACCACUUAUGAUCUGCUGUCAGUGAUUUGCCACCAUGGCACGGCAGGAAGUGGACACUACAUUGCUUACUGUCAGAACGUCAUCAAUGGCCAGUGGUAUGAGUUUGACGACCAGUAUGUUACCGAAGUCCAUGAGACGGUGGUGCAGAAUGCCGAGGCCUAUGUGUUGUUCUACAGGAAAAGCAGCGAAGAGUCGGUGAGAGAGAGGCAGAAGGUGGUGGCUCUGGCUAAUAUGAAGGAGCCCAGCCUGCUGCAGUUCUACAUCUCCAGAGAAUGGCUGAACAAGUUCAACACCUUCGCCGAGCCAGGCCCUAUCAGCAACCACACAUUUCUUUGUCAGCAUGGAGGGAUCCCUCCCAAUAAAUACCACUACAUAGAUGAUCUGGUUGUGAUUGUUCCCCAGAACGUUUGGGAGUACCUUUACAACAGUUUUGGAGGCGGCCCAGCAGUCAACCACCUGUAUAUGUGUGCCAUCUGUCAGGUGGAGAUUGAAGCUCUGGCUAAGCGUAGAAAAAUGGAAAUAGACACUUUCAUCAAGCUGAACAAAGAGUUUCAGGCUGAGGAGGCUCCUACAGUGAUCCUGUGUAUCAGCAUGCAGUGGUUCAGAGAGUGGGAGAGCUUUGUGAAGGGCAAAGACAACGAGCCACCUGGUCCUAUAGACAACAGUAAAAUUGGUGUGAUGAAAGGAGGACACAUACAGCUCAAGCAAGGUGCAGACUAUGGUCAGAUCUCAGAGGAGACAUGGCAGUACUUGUUGGGUAUUUAUGGUGGAGGCCCUGAGAUCGCAGUGAGGCAGACAGUGGCCCCGGCUGACCCCGACAGCCUUCACGGAGAGAGGAAGAUUGAGGCAGAGACAAGAGCACUUUGAGAUAAAGAGGAUCUUCUGACUCCCCUUUCCACUCCUGCCCUCACAGGGAGCUGAGGCAUUUGCACCUUGGUGGAGAAGCCCCAUCGUGAGCACUUUGUAAAUGUAGCAGCGUAUUAUUCCGAAGCCAUGUCGCAAGAGGAGAAAACGGUACCGAAACAUCACAUAGUUUAAUUUAUUGGAUAAAGCUGAUCCUCAGUAUUAAGGUGUGAAAAAAAAUAAAUAAGAAGACGUCAUGUCAAAAUCUCUGGACCUGUUUUUGGUAGCUAUGGUGUGUCAGUGGCUGCUGUAGUGACUAGGUGUCAUAUACUGCUAAACCGGCUGUGGCAGGCGGACAGCUGCUCCAAGCAGAGCACUGCAGAGAGCAGAGCCACAGUUUGACGUUUAGCUUGAGGACUUUUCUUCUUCACUGGAAGCAACAACCAAGAGACAUUACCAAGCUUUCUGUUGUAUGCCUGUUUACUAGUUACAUAGCAACAAGUUCGGAUAUGGAGUGAGAGAUCUCAAACACAUCAAACUCUUGCACCUUCAACCUUAAAUACACAGAGCACUGAGCCCUCAGGAAUGGAAGUCUUUUUGUUUGUUUUAACAGUGAAAUGUUAGGAUUAAUGACUUGUACAAACCAUUGCAGGUUCGUUUGAAACUACAAAACAUGCAUGCGUGGGUUGUAAAAGACUAUUUUUCAGGUUUAAAAUGCAUGCAGCUAUUAUUUUGGAUGAGUUAGUACAUUUCACUGACAAGAUGGGAUGCUGAGGUUUUUUUUUCUUCCAGACACAAUUUAUCUGUUUAUAUGCUCAGCUAUUUAAAUAUUGACUCACUCCUGUUUAGUUUGUUCUAGCAUUAUCAACUAGGCAUAAGGGCAUAUAUAGAUAUAAAUAUUAAAAAAUAGAGAAAUGGACAUUUUCAUAAGUCAGAGGAUUGCAUAUCUGAGGGGUCAUAAGAGAAUUUUGUGCAACAAAUUAUCGUAACUGGCUUUUCUGACAAGAGCUUACACAGAAGGUUUGUAAAUCUUCACAGACAUCAAUGUAAAUGACCGGAUGUCAGUUUUUAGGAGAGAUACCUGUAUUUCCACAUAGACUAGUGAUGCAGUUUUUGUUAAACCAAGAGAUGGCAGUAUUCAAAAGAAAGCUAUUCCACACCAUAUACCAAUUAAACGUUGAAGAAAUAAUUGUAACAAAUAUUUAGCACAUCAUGCAAAAAACUCAAACCUGUUCCAGAAAGAACUUGAGUGAUUUUUUUUUUUUUUUUAAUUUCUGCAUUAUUUCGUAUUUGUGCAUGUUUGGUUUUCAGGUCAUUCAAAAAUCCAAAUAUUACAGGCAUAUAUUGAGGCAUUUGCUUGUUAAAAUACAUGUUCGUCUGUACAUUGCAUUAUUGGUGAUGAUGCAAUUCAGACGUUUAUGUACAAUUCACCCUCUUUGCCCCAAUAAUACACCACAACUUGUUUACAUAAAUCAUAAUCUGGUGUAAAGUUUGGAAUCAUCCACUCACAAAGCAGGCAAUGAAUCAAAACAAUCAAGAGAAAACUAAUUUCAGAUUGUGUGUAAAUCAUCUUUCAAUCACAAUCAGAGCAGAGCAACAAGGUGCAAGUAUGUGAGACACUUCAUACUGCUCUAGAUUUCUCUGAUAAUAUUUAUUUAAAAAAUUGUUUGCUGAACCUAAGUUGUUUAAAAGAAACCUUACACAUCUUUGUUUAAUUGUGCAGCUCGUCUUACAGCAUCAUCAAUGCAAGAUUUAUGAUCCAGGUUAAAAGCUGGGAGAAAUGACAGAGUUGGUUUAAGCUCGCCUAAACAGACCAAGUCCUCCUCCAACUAAAUGAACAUUAGUGACAUUAGUCUCGCCCUUUUUUAAUGUACAAAUCUGCAUAGGUAAAUACAUUUUUGGCAGAACCUUUUUAUGUUCAGUAUCAAUUUUGAAAGUCAAAACUCAGAAAAAUGUUUACUAAUUAUUGGUAAUAUUAAAUUUUAAAAAUCCAUUAUUAUUGAAUCAUCUGAGCCAUGUUACAUAAAGUACUAAUGCACUGUUACUAAAUUGUCUUUAAUAUUUUUACUUUACUAGCAACCAUCAAGGGAGCAAUUAUAUGUAUACGACUCCUACAGCGAGAGAAAAACUUAAUUAGAAGAUAAAUACUGCUACUCCACUAUUACCAGUGUAAAAUAAAGAAUAACUAUCUUUAAAAAAGCCAAAUGAUUUCAAAUACAGGUGGCACAAAAAUUCAAUUAGAAUAGAUGGUUUGGGUUUGUUGAGAUAUAAAUGGAUAUGAAUUCAGAAGGGUAUGCAUGCAUAUUCAUUUAUAGAUUUGAAAAAACUGAAAAUACAUACACUUGCUUUUUUUUUUUUAGAGUUAAAUGUGUAAUCAAUAAGUAUGAAGGUACAGCUUGCAGCUAGUUAGCUUUUAGUUUACAGACUGGAAGCAUCAUUCGCCUUCUACUGUCCAGACUUCACAUACUCCCCCUAUCAGCACUGCUAAAGCUCACAGGUAAAAUGUUUUGUCUUGUUUAUCUUGUACGAACUUUGAAAAUCGAAUUGCAAGUUGCUCUUUCCACCGUCUUUCAGUCUUUAUGCUAAUACAAGCUAACUGCUAGCUAGCUGUAGCUUUAAAAUGAGCCUUUUCUGCAAUCUAAAAUGAGAAAUCUACAUCUCGAAGCCUUUUAUUUAGGCAAGACUUUUUUGUGAAACACCUGUCUGUAGAUUUAACUAUGCAUUGAAAGUCCAAACAUUGUCAAUGUACAAUUUUCAAAAAGCACAAAAGAUAUUCAGAAGUGUAUUUACAAGAGGAGUGAUGGACAAAAUAAUUGACUGACAAUAUAUCUAACAGGGCAAAGAGAUAGUGACGCAGAAUACCCAACAUAUACACCUUUUUUUCACCACAGAUAUUUUGACUUGUCUGUGUAGGAAAAGUGCAGGUGUAACUGAUGUUAGCGAUUGUUCUGUUCAUUUCAAAAACCAUACUAGAGGAACACAUAAGGUCUUAAACUGGGAUUGAAAGUUGACAGUCGGCAGGUUGGCAGCGUUACUCCCUUUAAAUCUUCUUCAUGAGGAAAAGCCAAAAAUAAUAUUUAAUGGUGUGUGUGUUUUUUUUAAGUCAAUACUUAUUAUUCUGCCAGCUUUUUUAGUAGCUAUCUAAGUUUUUUCAACUAUAAUUUUAAAGCUAACACCUAGCUAACGCCACUGUAAUAGCUAACAUAACCUAGCUCAUGCCUUGACCUCAGGGCAUGAGCUAGCUUAUGUUACUAGCUAAUUAGCUAGCUUAUGUUAGCUAUUACGGUGUUUCCCAGCCCUCUCAGAUGAGGGUAUUGAACAUGUAAAUGGAAUAUUCUGCUUUAACUUUUAAUUGCCAUUCCCAGCUGUCUCUCCCCUCACCCCAACCAGUCGAGGCAGAUGGCCAUUCUCCCUGAACCUGGUUCUGCCGGUCUCUUACUGUUAAAAGAGAAGUUUUUUUUGUUAAAUUAGUCUGUUUUCUGUCUUUAAUAUAAUAAGGCUGUAUCAUAGCUAUAGCUUUGCUAUUCAGUGUAACUUUUGGAGAGGGGUAAAGAAACCAGAAAAUAUUAAUGUUUAAGAGUCUGGAAUCGGAGAAUUUCACCUUUUUUCUCUUAAAAAUAGUUGUCAAUUAAUUCAAUUAAUCAAUUAUUUGCAGCUCUACCCUUCUAUGUGCCAUGCCCUAAAAUGACUUGGGCUGUGAAUUAGCUCAACUAAAUAAGUACAACUGAAUUGAAAUUAGGCUAAAUUCCCCUACAUGGGACUAACACUAAUUUCACCUGAAACAUUCUUGCAAUGACAUGUCAGAAUAUCUGCCAUUGCUGGUGACUGCAUUUUGGACCAGAGUUGAUACUAAUCCAUGCCUCCCUGUUUUAGAUUUGUUUUUUAUUCUUUUGUUUAAAAAAAAAAUCUAUUCAUUUGUUUUAACAAAAAAGGCCACUGAUUUUUCCAUUCUGUCUCACGUGAUUUUUAUUGUUUUCAUACAUUUCUGGGCUAUAUCUACAAGAGAUAGUAUUAAUGUUACAGUGACAUGUGUGCUAUGUUUCGAUACUUUUUCGGGGGAUUAAGUGCAAUGAAAUAAAAGACAAAUCUUUGUGCAAUCUUAGCUCUAUCAUCAAAGUGAUACUGGGCAGUUUGGAAAACUGACAGUAAACUGGGGCUGUGCAGUUCAUUACAGUGCAGUGUUAAGUCUUGAGUGGCAAUUGCAUAAUUACCCUCAGCUGUGAGUUUGUUUGCUUGUGUUACAGCACGUAGCUAUGCGUGUGAGAUUUCCAUUUCACUGCGUUGCUGUGGUUGGACAGUCAAUCAGAAAUAUCAUGGCAAGCAAUGGGAUUUCGUUGACUCAUGUUUUCCUCGUAUUUUACAGUGUGUGGCUCUUGUGGUCAUGACAGUGGUGAUGCUUUGAUAACAUGAGAGUUAAAUGGGAUGUCUUAAUGUCUGUAUAAUUGAUGUAAUUACUCAUGACUGGUUAAAUGAUUAAAAUUGCCUGGUCUUGAUUUUGAA